AUGGAUAUUUGCCCAAAGUUUGCUCGAGAGCUCAUCCGUGACCUAAACUAUGCCUCGACACUAACCAUGUGUGUGAUAGGACUGGACAGACAUCAGGCAAUAAUCUAUCCGUUUGGAAAACGGCUGAGCGAUGUAUUGCCCCUUGGAAGGGAUCCGAAACUUCUUUCGCUUCGUCUUCUGUCGCUGUCAUCGCAUCUCCAGAGAUGGCAACCAAUCAAACACUUCUCCCAACACUCUCUACGCCUCCUUCAGACAGAGUUCUCAUCGGAUCGUAAGGAAGACAUCGAGUCUUGCAAUAAAUGGCUUAAAAACUAG